GCUGCUCUCCAGCCCCAGCUGAUGAAAGUUUCUCUCCCUCAGUCUGGGCUGAGAUGUCAAAGCGGUUCCACGCCGAGCAGCAGCGCUGCCCCCCCCCGCUCCCCAGCCUCAGCCUCGCCUGCUGCCUCCUCCUCCUCGCAGCAUCACCCCGGGCUCAAGGUGAGGAUGUGGACAAUAAACUGGAGUCCUCCCCACAGCCCAAGGACCAGUCUGAAGAUUAUGAGAUAACAGUUCCCUUGCUUUUGAAUGGAAACCAGUGGAGACCAGUAAAUGGCAUUUCUUCACAGAACCACCCAGCACUGCUGCAGUUUGUGAUAGAAGCUGAAAGGGAACAUCUUGUCAUCAAUCUGGAGAGGAAUGAGGGCCUGCUAGCCAGCAGCUUCACAGAAACACAUUAUUUGAAAGAUGGCACUGACGUGGUCCUCGCACGCAAUCACACGGGUCACUGCUAUUACCAUGGCAAUGUGCAAGGGUACCCAGACUCUUCAGUCAGCAUCAGCACCUGCUCAGGACUCAGGGGAAUUAUUGUCUUUGAAAACAAGAGCUACAUUCUGGAGCCAUUAGAAGGUGCUACGAGUGAACACAAGAUCUACAGAGCAGAGAAUCUGAAAAUAGCCCCAGGAGCUUGUGGCCACCAGCUGGACAUCUCUGCCAUCAGGGCUGGGGACAAUGACACAUCCCCUCGUUCUCAGGCUGGCAGGUACAAGAGGGAGACUCUGAAGACAAUGAAGUACGUGGAGCUUGUUAUCGUGGCAGAUAAUCGGGAGUUUCAGAGACAAGGCAAGGAUGUGGAAAAAAUUAAGCAGAGGCUGAUAGAAAUUGCAAACUAUGUCGAUAAGUUCUAUAGGCCACUAAAUAUUCGAGUGGCCCUGGUGGGAGUGGAAGUUUGGAAUGACAUGGAUAAGUGCUCUAUUUCUCAAGACCCUUUCACCAGCCUCCAUGAGUUCCUGGACUGGAGAAAACUAAAAUUACUACCUCGUAAACCCCACGACAAUGCCCAGCUGAUAAGUGGGGUGUAUUUCCAAGGGACAACCAUUGGCAUGGCACCCAUCAUGAGCAUGUGCACGGCGGAGCAGUCCGGAGGGGUGGUCAUGGAUCACUCAGAAAACCCUCUUGGUGCAGCAGUCACCCUGGCUCAUGAACUGGGACACAAUUUUGGAAUGAACCACGACACCUUGGAGAGGGGCUGUAACUGCAAAGCAUCCACUGACAAAGGGGGCUGCAUCAUGAACCCCUCCACUGGCUAUCCAUUUCCCAUGGUAUUCAGUAGCUGCAGUAGAAAGGACCUGGAAAACAGCCUGGAAAAAGGAGUGGGAAUGUGUCUUUUCAACUUGCCUGAAGUCAAGGAGUCCUUUGGUGGGCAGAAGUGUGGGAAUGGCUACGUGGAAGAUGGGGAGGAGUGCGACUGCGGGGAGCCCGAUGAAUGCACCAACCACUGCUGCAAUGCCACCACCUGCUCCCUGAAGCCAGGAGCAGUCUGUGCCCAUGGGCUCUGCUGCCAGGACUGCCAGCUCAAACCAGCCGGGGUUUCUUGCAGGGAGUCAAGGAACUCCUGUGACCUGCCUGAAUUCUGCACAGGAGCCAACCCCCAAUGCCCAGCCAAUGUCUACCUGCACGAUGGGCAUCCCUGCCAUGGGGUGGAUGGAUACUGCUACAACGGGAUCUGCCAGACCCACGAGCAGCAGUGCAUCACCCUCUGGGGCCAAGGUGCAAAACCUGCUCCUGGGAUCUGCUUUGAGAGAGUCAACUCUGCGGGUGAUCCCUACGGCAACUGUGGCAAAGACUCCAAGAGCUCCUUUGCUAAAUGUGAACCCAGAGAUGCUAAAUGUGGAAAAAUCCAGUGUCAAGGAGGAGCAAAUCGACCUGUAAUUGGUACCAAUGCUGUUUCCAUAGAAACCAAUAUCCCACUCCAGGAAGGUGGCAAGAUUCUGUGUCGUGGUACCCAUGUCUAUUUGGGUGAUGAUAUGCCUGAUCCUGGCCUUGUGCUGUCAGGAACCAAGUGUGAAGAUGGAAAAAUUUGCCUGAAUCGCCGGUGCCAGAACACGAGUGUCUUUGGUGUACACAAGUGUGCAACCAAGUGCCAUGGACGUGGAGUCUGCAACAAUAAAAAGAAUUGUCACUGUGAGGCUGACUGGGCCCCCCCCUUCUGUGACCAACCUGGCUUUGGUGGCAGCCUGGACAGUGGGCCAGUUAGGCAAGCAGGUAAUAAGAGUUUAACCAUAGGAGUGCUGAUAACCAUUCUGUGCCUUAUCUUUGCUGGAUCAGUCAUGUAUCUGAAAAGGAAAACUUUCAUGAGAUGGUUGGUUACAAGUAAGAAGACCACAAUAGAGAAACUAAGGUCUGUGAGCCCAGCAAGGCCCUCCAGUUCAUUGGAGCCUAAUCAUGUGCAUACCCCAUCUCUCAGUAAAAAUCUCAUUGUGAAGCCACAAAAUACAAACAUACAAAAGAGAGAUGGCCCCAGGCGGCCGCUGCCGUACCAGGUCGUGGACAUCAGUGACCCCGUGAAGCCACACAGGGCUGUGCCCCAGUUAAAAACACCCCAGAGAGUCCUGCCACCCCUUCCCCAGCUGCCCUGCCAUGAAGCUGUGCCUGAAAGACCCCUACCAGCUACCCCUUCACUGAGGUUUGCCCAGCAGGAAAGCCACAAACCAAACCCUCCCCAGAAGCCUCUCCCAGCUGACCCUCUGACCAAAGGGCGCUACAAUGGGCUCUGCACACCAGGACCUGGCCACCCAAAAGCUCUGCCCCACGUUGCUCCUGCAAGACCUGCUCCUAAGCAUCCACCACAGGUAUCCAGGUCCAGCAACACUGCCAAUGUGAAAUGACCAGAAAAUCCAAUACCUUUAUUUUAAAAAAGUGAAGACAGAAGUUU